GUUUUGUUCCAGGGCCCCAUGAAGCGGCUGUCAUGCGCAUAGCGGCACUGAUUGCACUAGUGCAGCUGUCGCUCGCUACAGCUUCAGAUGGCGAAACCCUCACUGCUGCCGAGCUGAACUACCAGCUCUCUGGCAAUGUCCUCUCCCCCUUCUACGAGUCCUCAGAAGAAACUGGGGUCACCUUCAUCCGCGGAUCGCGAGCGGCCGACUCGCCACAGGCACCUGAUAUAGAUGUGCAAUGUUCGGGCGAUUUUAUUGAUGUUACUGUGGAAUUCGCCGAUGUUUACGAUGGAAUCAUUUACAGUAAAGGUUUCUUGAAUGAUCCUAAAUGCAAAUACGUGUCGCUGGGCGGCAGCCAGUCUCGCUACUCGUUCCGAGUGCCGCUGAACGGUUGCGGCUCGCGCCCUCUAUGCAACGCGUGCGGCACUAUCGACAAUGUACUCGUCUUCCAAGCUGAUGACUUCGUGCAGGGCCCGCUUGACUUCGCCAGAAAGGUGUCAUGCGCGCGCACAUCAUACGAGCUGUCCACCGGGCAGCGCCAGGAAUCACACACGCUCAAACUGAAGCCAUUCAUGGUUGAUAUGUUAGAUGUAGUCGCCGUUGAAGGCCCAGCAGGUGGUGUGGAGUGCUGGAUGGACAUACAGAAGGGUGUCUUCCCCAAUACGACCCCGCUAAAAGACUCAAUCAAGAUCGGCGAGUACUUGACCAUCCUGGUGUACCUGAAGGAUGUGAGGAACCAGUUUAACCUGAAGAUCCACGACUGCUGGGCGUAUGAUAGUGAACAGUACGACAGCCCGAAGACCAACAAGAUACAACUUACGGACAAAGAGGGAUGUCCCAAGAAGAGGAAGCUCAUAGAUUUGUGGCAGAAGAGCACAAACACUGGCAAGAGUGGCGCCACCCUCAUCGCUUACAGUAAAGUGAGCGCAUUCCGCUUCCCUGAGACCGACCAGGUCUAUCUCACUUGCAAUGUCGAGCUCUGCACGAGCAACUGCGAUGGAGACUGCAAAGGAAUCACGACAGAAAUAACAACAGGCCCACCUCAGAUCAAAUGCUAUCCCGGAUCCACAGAUCCUAGGUGUCCAAAAGCCAUACCACCCGCACCUAACUGCUACCCUGGUAGCACGGAUGCAAGAUGCCCUCAAAUACAGACAACACCCCCACCGACUUACGUACCAACAACCGGUCGACCAAAUUGUUACCCAGGUUCAACUGAUCCAAGGUGUCCAAGACCGACUACGCCUUCCCAGCCAAGUUGCUUCCCUGGUAGCAAUGACCCUGGGUGUCCUAGACCGACUACACCAACUGCCCCUAACUGUUACCCAGGAUCUACAGACCCUAGGUGUCCAAGACCUUCUACACCUUCACAGCCGAAUUGCUUCCCAGGCAGCAAUGACCCUAAAUGUCCUAGACCAACUACGCCAGCACCACCAAAUUGCUACCCUGGCUCUAGUGAUGCUAGAUGCCCUAAACCAAACACCACUCCGGCGCAACCCAACUGUUAUCCAGGAAGUCAAGAUCCUCGUUGUCCUGAAACACCCAAAUGUUACCCAGGGAGCACCAACCCAGCCUGCCCACGAACGACACAGCAACCUAACUGCUAUCCAGGCAGUACGGACCCUAGGUGUCCUAGGCCGACUACACCUGAGCCUAAGCCUGCCUGUUACCCUGGCUCGCCAGAUCCUAACUGCCCUAAACCAACUCGUCCUUCAACAUUGUCGCCGCCGACGUAUUUGCCACCGUCAACAACUGGACAGCCUAAAUGUUAUCCUGGAAGUACUGAUCCUCGUUGCCCUAGGCCAACGACUCCAGCCCCACCAAAUUGUUACCCUGGAAGCACAGAUUCUCGAUGCCCUAAACCAACCACUCAAGCACCGCCAAACUGCUACCCUGGAUCCACAGACCCACGUUGCCCAAGACCAACCACCCCUGCGCCUACAACCACGGCUCGUCCUAAUUGCUACCCCGGAUCCACAGAUCCACGUUGCCCAAGACCAUCUACACCAGCACCCUCUAACUGCUACCCUGGAAGCACAGACCCCAGAUGUCCAAAACCGUCCACACCAAAACCAGUCUGUUAUCCUGGAUCACCUGAUCCCAAUUGUCCUCAACCACCAAGACCAACAACUUCGUCACCACCAACUUACCUACCCCCUUCAACUACUGGACAACCCAAAUGCUACCCUGGAAGUAACGAUCCACGAUGCCCAAGGCCAACUUCACCAGCGCCCCCUAAUUGCUACCCUGGAUCCACAGACCCACGUUGUCCACAACCAACAACUCCUGCCCCACCAAACUGUUAUCCCGGAUCUACGGACCCUCGUUGCCCAAGACCAACCACCCCUGCGCCUACAACCACUGCUCGUCCUAAUUGCUACCCCGGAUCCACAGAUCCACGUUGCCCAAGACCAUCUACACCAGCACCCCCUAACUGCUACCCCGGAAGCACAGACCCCAGAUGUCCAAAACCUACCACACCAAAACCAGUCUGUUAUCCUGGAUCACCUGAUCCCAACUGUCCUCAACCACCAAGACCAACAACUUCGUCACCACCAACUUACCUACCCCCUUCCACUACUGGACAACCCAAAUGCUAUCCUGGAAGUAACGAUCCACGAUGCCCAAGGCCAACUACACCAGCGCCCCCUAAUUGCUACCCUGGAUCCACAGACCCACGUUGCCCACAACCAACACCUCCUGCCCCACCAAACUGUUAUCCCGGAUCUACGGACCCUCGUUGCCCAAGACCAACCACCCCUGCGCCUACAACCACAGCUCGUCCUAAUUGCUACCCCGGAUCCACAGAUCCACGUUGCCCAAGACCAUCUACACCAGCACCCCCUAACUGCUACCCCGGAAGCACAGACCCCAGAUGUCCAAAACCUACCACACCAAAACCAGUCUGUUAUCCUGGAUCACCUGAUCCCAACUGUCCUCAACCACCAAGACCAACAACUUCGUCACCACCAACUUACCUACCCCCUUCCACUACUGGACAACCCAAAUGCUAUCCUGGAAGUAACGAUCCACGAUGCCCAAGGCCAACUACACCAGCGCCCCCUACUUGCUACCCUGGAAGUAACGAUCCUCGUUGCCCAAGACCAACAACUCCAGCCGCACCAAACUGCUAUCCCGGAUCUACGGACCCUCGUUGCCCAAGACCAACGACCCCUCUACCCACAACCACUGCUCGUCCUAACUGCUACCCUGGAAGCACAGAUCCUCGAUGCCCAAGACCAACCACUCCAGCCCCCACCACACCAAGAAAACCUGUAUGCUACCCCGGAUCCCCUGACCCUAACUGCCCUCAACCAACUCGUCCUUCAACGUUGUCUCCGCCUACAUAUUUACCGCCAUCAACUACUGGACAACCCAAAUGCUACCCUGGAAGUAACGACCCACGAUGCCCAAAACCAACUACACCAGCGCCCCCAAAUUGCUACCCUGGAUCUAUAGAUCCUCGUUGCCCAAGACCAACUACCCCCGCACCAACAACCACUGCUCCUCCUAAUUGCUACCCUGGAUCUACAGAUCCACGUUGCCCAAGACCAACAACGCCAGCACCACCAAAGUGUUAUCCUGGAAGCACGGAUCCUCGUUGUCCAAGACCGACUACCCCUGCGCCUACUACACCAGCGCCUCCUAAUUGCUACCCUGGAUCCACAGAUCCACGUUGCCCAAGACCAACAACUCCUGCUCCUCCUAAUUGUUACCCUGGCAGCACAGAUCCUAGAUGUCCAAAACCUACCACACAAAAACCAGUCUGUUACCCUGGAUCCCCAGAUCCCAACUGCCCCCAACCUCCAAGACCAACUACUUUGUCACCACCGACAUACUUACCCCCAUCGACUAUUGGACAGCCCAAAUGCUACCCUGGAAGUAACGAUCCACGUUGCCCUAGACCUACUACCCCGGCUCCGCCAAACUGUUACCCUGGAUCCACGGAUCCUCGUUGCCCAAGACCCACUACCCCCGCACCAACAACCACUGCUCGUCCUAAUUGCUACCCUGGAUCCACAGAUCCACGUUGCCCAAGACCAACUACACCAGCGCCACCUAAUUGCUACCCUGGAAACACCGACCCUCGAUGCCCUAAACCUACUACACAAAAACCAGUGUGCUACCCUGGAUCCCCUGACCCCAACUGCCCGCAAACUCCACGACCAACUACUUCGUCACCACCAACAUACUUGCCUCCAUCAACUACAGCACAGCCUAAAUGCUAUCCUGGAAGUAACGAUCCUAGAUGCCCACGGCCUACUACACCAGCGCCUCCUAAUUGCUACCCUGGGUCUACGGAUCCACGUUGCCCUAGACCUACUACUCCUACUCCUACAAUCACUGCUCGUCCUAAUUGCUAUCCCGGAUCCACGGAUCCCCGUUGCCCAAGACCAACAACGCCUGCCCCACCAAACUGUUACCCUGGAUCUACAGAUCCUCGUUGUCCAAGACCGACUACCCCUGCGCCUACUACACCAGCGCCUCCAAAUUGCUACCCUGGAUCCACAGAUCCACGUUGCCCAAGACCAACAACUCCUGCUCCUCCUAAUUGUUACCCUGGCAGCACAGACCCCAGAUGUCCAAAACCUACCACACAAAAACCAGUCUGUUACCCUGGAUCCCCUGAUCCCAACUGCCCCCAACCCCCAAGACCAACUACUUUGUCACCACCAACAUACUUGCCUCCAUCAACUGCAGCACAGCCUAAAUGCUAUCCUGGAAGUAACGAUCCUAGAUGCCCACGGCCUACUACACCAGCACCUCCUAAUUGCUACCCUGGGUCUACGGAUCCACGUUGCCCAAGACCUACUACUCCUGCUCCUAUAACCACUGCUCGUCCUAAUUGCUAUCCCGGAUCCACGGAUCCACGAUGCCCAAGGCCUACCACUCCGGCUCCGCCAAACUGUUACCCUGGAUCCACGGAUCCUCGUUGCCCAAGACCAACUACACCAGUACCCCCUAACUGCUACCCUGGAAGCACAGACCCCAGAUGUCCAAAACCUACCACACCAAAACCAGUAUGCUACCCUGGAUCCCCUGAUCCCAACUGCCCGCAACCCCCAAGACCAACUACCUUAUCACCACCUACUUACUUACCCCCAUCAACCACUGGGCAGCCGAAAUGCUACCCCGGAAGUAACGAUCCUCGUUGUCCCAAACCAACCACCCCAGCACCACCGAAUUGUUACCCUGGAUCCACAGAUCCACGUUGCCCAAGACCCACAACUCCUGCUUCACCAAACUGCUACCCCGGAUCAACAGAUCCUCGUUGCCCCAAACCCCCCACGCCUACUUCGCCUGCCCCACCAAAUUGCUAUCCUGGUUCCACGGACCCACGUUGCCCAAGGCCUACUACUCCAGCGCCUACAUCAACUGCCCGUCCUAAUUGCUACCCUGGGGCCACUGAUCCACGUUGCCCAAGACCAACAACUCCUGCCCCACCAAACUGUUACCCGGGAAACACGGACCCACGUUGCCCAAGGACCACCCCUGUGCCUACAACCACUGCCCGUCCCAAUUGCUACCCUGGAUCCACGGAUCCACGUUGCCCAAGACCAACUACUCCUGCCCCACCAAACUGCUACCCCGGAUCAACAGACCCUCGUUGUCCAAAACAGACUUCUCCUAAACCUGCUUGCUAUCCGGGUUCUCCUGAUUCUAACUGUCCACAACCAUCAAGACCUACAACCCUAACUCCUCCAACAUACUUACCCCCUGAACCGGAGAAACCUAGAUGCUACCCUGGUUCCACUAAUGCGAGAUGCCCUAGGCCAUCUACUCCUGCACCACCUAAUUGCUUCCCUGGGUCAACUGAUCCUCGUUGCCCUAAACCUACCACCCCAGCUCCUCCAAAUUGCUACCCUGGAUCUACGGAUCCUCGUUGUCCAAGACCUACUACCCCUGUACCUACAACCACAACUCGUCCUAAUUGCUACCCCGGAUCCACAGAUUCACGUUGCCCGAGGCCAACUACCCCUGCACCACCUAGAUGUUAUCCUGGAAGCACCGAUCCAAGAUGCCCUAAACCUACAACACAAAAACCCGUAUGCUACCCUGGAUCCCCCGACCCUAACUGCCCUCAACCUCCAAGGCCCACUACAUCUUCACCCCCUACUUACUUACCCCCAUCAACUACUGGACAGCCAAAAUGCUAUCCUGGAAGUAACGAUCCACGAUGCCCAAGACCUACAACCUCAGCACCGCCGAACUGCUAUCCUGGAUCCACGGAUUCACGUUGUCCAAGACCUACUACUCCUGCGCCUACAACUACUGCUCGCCCCAAUUGUUAUCCAGGCAACAACGAUCCAAGAUGCCCUAAGCCAACUACUCAGGCCCCACCUAAGUGCUACCCAGGGAAUAAUGACCCUAGGUGUCCAAGACCAACUACCCCUGCUCCUCCUAGAUGCUUCCCUGGAAGCACCGACCCUCGUUGCCCAAAACCAACUACCCCAGUCCCUCCAAAUUGCUACCCUGGUAACAGGGACCCUCGCUGCCCCCAAACGACUCCUAGACCCGCUUGCUACCCUGGUUCCCCUGACCCUAACUGCCCUCAGCCUUCACGACCAACCACUUUGACCCCACCAACAUACCUUCCACCUUCAACUGCGACACCAAGGUGCUACCCCGGUUCUAAUGAUCCGCGUUGUCCAAAACCCACAACGCCAGAACCUCCUAAAUGUUAUCCGGGAUCAAAUGAUCCUCGCUGCCCGAAACCAACUACCCCAGCCCCUCCGAACUGCUAUCCUGGCAACACAGAUCCAAGAUGCCCAAGACCUACAGCACCUCCUCAGAUUAAAUGUUACCCAGGAUCAACCGAUCCUAGAUGUCCAAAACCAACAACUCCUAAGCCUGUUUGCUACCCCGGUUCCCCGGACCCUAACUGCCCACAACCUCCAAAACCUACGACUUUAACGCCACCUACUUACCUACCACCUUCCACUCAAGCACCAAGGUGCUACCCAGGCUCGAAUGACCCUAGGUGCCCUAAACCAACUACCCAGGCACCUCCUAACUGCUAUCCAGGAAAUAAUGACCCUAGAUGUCCUAGACCUACUCCACCACCAACCACACAAGCACCGAGAUGUUACCCAGGCAGCCAAGACCCUAGGUGCCCUAAACCAACAACCUCUGCCCCUCCUAAUUGCUUCCCUGGAUCAACUGAUCCUCGCUGCCCAAAACCGACAACUCCUGCUCCUCCGAACUGCUAUCCAGGAAACACAGACCCUAGGUGCCCUAGACCUACAACCCAGGCACCUCCUAAUUGCUAUCCUGGAAGUACCGACCCUAGAUGUCCUAGACCUACUACCUCUGCCCCUCCUAACUGUUACCCUGGAUCCACUGAUCCUAGAUGCCCUAAGCCUACAACUCCAGCACCUCCAAGGUGCUAUCCAGGAAGUAAUGACCCUAGAUGUCCUAAAACCACAACACCUAAACCUGUCUGCUACCCAGGAUCUCCCGACCCGAACUGUCCACAACCACCAAAAACAACAACGGUUGGACCCACAUACUUGCCACCUUCCACUCAAGGACCUAGAUGUUAUCCUGGUUCGAAUGACCCUAGGUGCCCUAAACCAACGACACAGGCACCUCCUAAUUGUUAUCCAGGAAAUAAUGACCCUAGGUGCCCUAAACCGACUACCCAAUCACCACCAAAUUGCUAUCCAGGAAGUACAGAUCCUAGGUGUCCUAGACCAACUACCCAGGCUCCACCUAAUUGCUACCCUGGAAGCACUGACCCUAGGUGUCCUAAGCCAACAACUUUAGCACCUACGACUCAAGCACCUAGAUGCUACCCAGGCUCGAAUGAUCCACGAUGCCCUAAACCUACCACACAGGCUCCUCCCAACUGCUAUCCUGGCAGCAAAGACCCUAGGUGUCCAAGACCUACCACACAAGCGCCUCCUAACUGUUAUCCAGGAAACAAUGACCCUAGGUGCCCUCGACCCACGCCCCCGCCAACCACAAGAAAACCCGCGUGCUACCCUGGUUCUCCUGACCCUAACUGCCCUCAACCAUCAAGACCUACAACAUUAACUCCUCCCACUUAUCUGCCACCUUCCACCCAAGGUCCAAGAUGCUACCCAGGCUCUAAUGAUCCUAGAUGUCCCAGGCCUACCACUCAAGCACCGCCAAACUGCUAUCCUGGAAGCACAGACCCUAGGUGCCCUAAGCCUACUACUUUAGCACCAACUACCCAACCUGCUCCUAGAUGCUACCCAGGCAGCCAAGAUCCUAGGUGCCCUAGGCCAACUACGCAGGCUCCUCCAAAUUGCUAUCCUGGAAGUACAGAUCCCAGAUGUCCUAGACCUACUACGCAGGCACCCCCUAAUUGCUACCCUGGAAGCACAGACCCUAGGUGCCCUAAGCCUACCACUUUAGCACCAACUACCCAACCUGCACCCAGAUGCUACCCAGGCAGCCAGGAUCCUAGGUGUCCUAGACCAACUACCCAGGCUCCGCCAAACUGCUACCCUGGAAGCGCAGACCCCAGAUGUCCUAGACCUACUACGCAGGCACCCCCUAAUUGCUACCCUGGAAGCACAGACCCUAGGUGCCCUAAGCCUACCACUUUAGCACCAACUACUCAACCUGCACCCAGAUGCUACCCAGGCAGCCAAGAUCCUAGGUGCCCUAAACCUACGACACAAAAACCCGUAUGCUACCCUGGAUCUCCCGAUCCUAACUGCCCACAACCUCCAAGACCUACGACUUUAACGCCACCUACUUACCUGCCCCCUUCCACUCAAGGGCCUAGGUGUUAUCCUGGCUCAACCGACCCCAGGUGCCCUAAACCUACUACUCAAGCACCGCCAAACUGCUACCCUGGAAACACAGACCCUAGGUGCCCUAAGCCUACCACUUUAGCACCAACUACCCAACCUGCGCCCAGAUGCUACCCAGGUAGCCAAGAUCCUAGAUGCCCUAGACCAACUACCCAGGCUCCGCCAAAUUGCUACCCUGGAAGCACAGACCCGAGAUGCCCUAGACCUACUACUCAAGCACCUCCUAAUUGCUACCCUGGAAGCACAGACCCUAGGUGCCCUAAGCCUACCACUUUAGCACCAACUACCCAACCUGCACCCAGAUGCUACCCAGGCAGCCAAGAUCCGAGAUGUCCUAAACCUACGACACAAAAACCCGUAUGCUACCCUGGAUCUCCUGAUCCUAACUGCCCACAACCUCCAAGACCUACGACUUUAACUCCACCUACUUACCUGCCCCCUUCCACUCAAGGGCCUAGGUGUUACCCUGGCUCAACCGACCCCAGGUGCCCUAAACCUACUACUCAAGCUCCACCGAAUUGCUACCCUGGAAACACAGACCCUAGAUGCCCAAGACCCACAACCCCGGCACCUCCUAGGUGUUAUCCCGGAAGCACAGAUCCUCGUUGUCCCAAACCAACUACCCCCGCACCUACCACCCCCGCGCCGACCACCCCGGCACCACCCAGGUGUUACCCUGGCAGCCAAGACCCAAGGUGCCCAAAGCCAACCACACAAAAGCCAAGUUGUUACCCUGGAUCCCCUGAUCCUAACUGUCCCCAACCACCACGACCUACCACAGUAAGUCCUCCCACUUAUUUGCCACCUUCUACGCAAGGGCCGAGAUGCUACCCAGGAUCUCAAGACCCUAGGUGCCCACAGCCUACCACUCCUAGCUCUUGCUACCCAGGAUCGAAAGACCCUAAAUGCCCUCAACCCUUCAGACCAAGCAGCACUAACCCCCCAUCUACAUAUCUACCGCCGUUCCCCAGUGAAAAUGAAAUUAAGGGGGGGAGAACUGCCAAAAAUGUAGACUACGAUGAUGAAGCCCAGGCUGCUAUAGAUAACUUCCAGUUCACAAGAACGAAACCUCUCUCCAGAAAGGCCCGUGACGUCAGUAAUUUAGUCGAAACCAUUGUCCAGGCGACCAACAAUUCUGCUGUCAUCUACGUCACAGUUGGUUCAGUCCUACUCAUGCUCUUAUCUGCAACCGUUGCUGUGUAUAUGUACAAACACAACAAGAAAUCUAACACUCAGAGUACUUGUUAAAUAACACUUUGUCCUGACUAAACUGAAAAUAAGGGUGAAUCAACUUUUUCGUGAUACUCGUUGCCAUGGUUACGAUUAGUUGUCCAGGGGACAAAAGUCUCU